UAGGAGCACGUGAAAGCGCGAGAUCCGGCGAGAAAUCCCGAGAGAUGAACGAACGGGUCCUCGCCAUCACUGUUUUGAAAUCUCCAACGAGAACAUAAACAAAUUUCCGGACUUUCGCGGACCCUCCAGCCAGCAUGGAAGAAGCGGAGAAGAACGGAGAGGUAGAGGUGUAUCAGACCUUCGAAUUAUCCGACGGAGCUCGCACUGUCACCAUUUUGGCUUCGAAGGAGGAGGAAGAACGGAUAAGCAGAGAUCAGGCCUAUGCUACACAGAGGUUCCUCUCAGCUGUGGGUGAAUACCAUGUUGAGGAAGGAGAAGAAGACUUCAACCACAAUGCUACCUUACUCUUAGUUGAAUGCAUCCGUGAUAGAUUUGACAAGUUCACGUCAUGCAGGCAGGAAAGAAAUCAAGUAUACAGGGAGAUCCAAGAAGAGUUUAGAUCAUAUGGGUAUAACUUAUCAAUUGAAAAAAUACGGAGCAAGUGGAAUAAUCUCGUUACAACAUACAAGAGAAUCAAAGAGCGGCACAAGGCAGGGCUUGCAGGAAAAAGAGUUUGGGACUAUUUCCAGCCCUUAGAUGAGCUCCUCAGCCCUACUUACGAAGCCUCAGGACCAGCUGGAUUGUCACUCCUCACCGGAAAGUUGGAGAAGAACGAGCAACAAUCAUCUGGCUCAAACAAUUUCCAAAAAAUCUCUUUGUCUCCAGAACCCUCCUUUUCACCUCCACUUGCCUGCUCACCUGUGACACACACAACAAUCUCAAUUCCCUCUACAUCUAGUACACAAGAACUGAAAAGGAAGCAUUCAGACACAAUGCUGGGUCAAGAACAGAUUGCAGACCGAGGGGAAAAGAGACAGGAGAUGAUGGAGCAAUAUUUUCACCAAAUGAAAGAGAAGGAAGUUAAAGAAGAUGAAUAUAAAAGGAGAAAAGAGAAGAGGGACAGGAUGAAAGUGAGAGCUUUACAAAAAAUAGGAAAAGAAUUAGAAAUAAUUGCCAAAACUCAACUAGAUCUUUUAAAGAAACAAGACCUUAUUCUUGAAGUAUUACAAAAAGGUAGUAAGUGAUGUUUAUUUAUGCAGUAAACAUUUCAUUUAAAAAUAUUUUUUAUAACAUGGAAAAUGUUAUACAAAAGUGCCAAAGCCUAUAUAUUGGUUAAUAGUGGAAGUAUUUUCGUGAAAAAUAUAUUCUGAUAUUUUGUAAACAGAAAACUCAAUAAUUUUCGUGAUGCUGCAGCUACAAGUUUAACCACUCAAUGUUAUAAUAAUAAGUAUAAUUUAUAAAUAUAAUUCACUUUUAAAAUAUUAAAUACUAUCAAAUACAUUAUUAAUAAUAUAACUCAAUUUGCUUUUAUCAUUAUUAUGACAGAUGAAAUAUAUAUAGACAAGAAAAGUAUUCCAGAUCAGUUACAAUAAUGCAGUUAUUUACACCUCUACAUUUUACAGAAGUAAUAAUAAUUUUGUUUUUGAUAUACUACCAUUAUUUUCUGUGCCCAAAGAUCAUUUGAAUUUAUGUUGAAUAAAUCUCUAUUGUCUUGA